AUGAGGCUCCCUGAGCGCCACACCUUCUACGCCGGAAAACCUCAGCCAUCUUCGACCUCACUGGGCACCUUCUCCUCAGUCGAUCCUUCAACAGGCAAGGAUGUCUGUACAGUCCACACAUCCUCCCCAUCAGCAAUUGACUCGGCUGUGGCGUCAGCAAAAGCGGCAUUCCCUUCAUGGUCCAGCACACCGCCCAUCGAGCGAGCCAGGAUUCUACACAAGGCCGUCUCAAUACUUCGGUCUCGGAACGACGAGCUCGCCAAGAUCGAAACCAUCGACACUGGAAAGCCCUACUCGGAGACAUCGACCGUCGACAUCGUCACCGGCGCCGAUGUCCUCGAAUAUUUCGCCAGUCUGGUCGCCUCAGGCGGCUUGAAUGGGGAGUCGUUUCGUCUUCGCGAUUCGGCCUGGGUUUACACCUCCAAAGAGCCGCUUGGCGUCUGUGUUGGCAUUGGGGCCUGGAACUACCCUAUUCAGAUUGCGCUAUGGAAAUCAGCUCCGUGUCUCGCCGCCGGGAACACGAUGGUGUACAAACCCUCCGAGGUGACACCCCUCCACGGUCAAUUCCUCGCCGAAGUCUACAAGGAAGCCGGUCUUCCUGACGGAGUGUUCAACGUUGUUUAUGGCGCGGGCGACGUGGGUGCCUAUCUGACCAAACAUCCCAUGGUCGCCAAGGUGAGUUUUACAGGACAAGUCUCGACGGGUCGCAAGGUCGCCGGGUCAGCCGCCGGGGAGAUGAAGUACGUGACUAUGGAAUUGGGUGGGAAAAGCCCCGUGAUCGUGCUGCCGGACGUCGACAUUGAGCAGGCAGUCGACGGUGCCAUCAUGGCCAACUUCUUCAGCACGGGCCAGGUGUGCACAAACGGCACGCGAGUCUUCGUGCCAAAGCAGCUCAAGUCCGAGUUUGAACGAGUGUUACUACAGAAGUUGAAGUACGUCCGACCUGGGGAGGUGAUGGACACGAACACCAACUUCGGGCCCUUGGUCAGCAAGGUCCACUACGAUAAAGUGUCGAGCUACAUCAGGCACGGCAUCGAGGUUGACAAGGCAACGUUGCUCCACGGCGGUCUCGACCAACCCGCCCAUCUCCCAGCGCACCUUAGGAGCGGAUACUGGGUGCAACCCACCGUCUUCACAGACUGUACCGACGCCAUGCGCAUCGUAAAGGAAGAGAUCUUCGGCCCCGUCAUGGCCAUCCUGCCGUACGACUCGCUCGACGAGGCCGUGUCGCGCGCUAACGACACUGAGCUGGGCCUUGCCGCCGGCGUUUUCGGGAAGGACAUCAACCAGUGCCAUACGGUGAUCAAGCAGCUCCAGGCCGGCAUCACCUGGGUCAAUACUUGGGGCGAGUCGCCCGCCGAGAUGGCCGUUGGGGGCUGGAAACAGAGCGGUGUCGGCGUCGAGAAUGGCCGGAGAGGCCUGGAGGCUUGGGUGCGGAAUAAGAGCACCCUGGUCGAGAUGGGAGGGACUGUCCCAACGGUCUUUGCCAAGUUAUAG